CAUCAUCAUCAUCAGCCGAUAUUUUGGAUCGAUAGGCCCGGAACGAGCAUCAGCAGGCUGCGGAGUGAUUCAGGACCAGAGCGGAACCAGACCGGGACCCGAACCUCCACAAACCAGUCCGGAUCGAAUCAUCGUUACUCUGCUCGUCUUGUCUGUAGGAGAACACUUUGAUCCUCUGCACCAACAUCUGAACUGGGAUCAUCUCCAGAGUCACCAUGAGCUCCUCCUCCUCCUCCUCCUCCUCCUCCUCCUCCUCCUCUGCUGCUCUGCUGUUUCUGCUGUUGGGGGCCGUGGCGGCUCUUCAGACCCCAGACUCAGUGUUCCUGGACAAGCAGCAGGCCAACCUGAUGAUCUCCCGUCAGAAGAGAGAUGUGGAAGGCCUGGAGCAGGUCUGCAUGGAGAAAGUGUGCAACUACGAGGAGGCCAGAAAGAUCUUCAAGGACUCGUACCGCACGGAUAUCUUCUGGUCGGUCUACAUUGACGGAGACCAGUGCAUCGAGAAACCCUGCAAGAACGGAGCCAUGUGUUCAGACAGCGUUGGAGGCUACGACUGCGUCUGCAAGUCGGGUUUCACAGGAGUCCACUGUGAGAAAGACCAGACUCUGUGCACCCUGGAGCUGAACAAAGGCUGCUCCCAGUUCUGUAAACCAGGCUACACGUCCUACGAAUGCUCCUGCGCCCCUGGAUGGAAGCUCAGCACCCAGGAAAAGGACAAGUGUGAGGCUGCAGUGACUUUCCCCUGCGGUAAGGUGAACAGUCUGAGGCGCUGGGAUAGCAGACUGAGCGAAAACAUUCGCAGCAACUUUGAAGGCCUCAGGUGCUCUUCAACAGAGUGUCCCUGGCAGGCUCUUCUGACCAGCUCAGAGUCUGCAGGUUUCUGCAGCGGCGUCAUCCUGAAGGAGAGUUUGGUGUUGACUUCAGCUCAGUGCGCCAACAAAUACAGCACCUUCAAGGUGGCUGUUGGUAAACAAAGCACCGACUACGAGGACGGAGAACGUUCUCUGAAUGUGAAAGUGGUCCACAACCACCCGCGCUACGUUCAGGGACGUCCUGAGUACGACCUGGCCGUCAUCGAGCUGAGUGACCGCAUCGUCUUUAAGAAGGAGGUUGCCGCCGCCUGUCUGCCGGAGAGGGACUUUGCGGAGAACGUCCUGAUGACCAGAGACAAAGCCGCCAUCGUGUCCGGCUGGAAGGACCCCACCCAGGGCGCCGCCUUCCAGGGGAACCUGAUGCUGAACUCGCUGCAGUACAAACCUCUGGCUGAGUGUCUGGAGACCUUCCCCGACCUCAUGACCACCCGGCUGGGCUGCACCGAGCCCCGGCCCAACGCCGACUGCACCAUGAGCUCCGGCAGCCCCCUGCUCACCCUGCACCGGGAGGUCUUCUUCCUCACCGGGGUCGUCAUCCAGCCGCCCGGCGCCGACUGCAGCCGAGGAUUCGUCUUCCAGAAGGUGUCGCGUCACCUCGGCUGGCUGCAGACGCUCAUGAGCUCACGCUAGUCUGAGAAACAUGGAGGUUAACGGAGAUGAAGUACCAUAGAUAUGUAUUUAUAAACACUAGAUGGCUCACCACGCUGUUACACAAUGAGGCCAAUGUUCUUGCAUGGCGGCCAUCUUGCCACAGGCAGCUCAUAGCAUCAUAGUCUAUGUUGCAUGUAGCAUUUAAAUAACCAGAGAUUGAUUCAUUUUAACCCUCUGGAGUCGCCAAAAGCUCCAAAGCAUGACUUGUUCAUCAUAUCCAGACGUAAAAACAAAGCAGAAAAGACACAAAAAGAGAGAAAAUGACCAACAAAAGACACAAAAAGACACAAAAUGACUAAAAACAGACACAAAAAGACAGAAAAUGACCAAUAAAAGACAGAAAAUGACUAAAAACAGACAGAAAAAGACACAAAAUGACCAAAAACAGACACAAAAAGACACAAAAUGACCAACUUAAGACACAAAAAGACACAAAAUGACUAAAAACAGACACAAAAAGACACAAAAUUACCAAUAAAAGACACAAAAUGACUAAAAACAGACACAUAAAGACAGAAAAUGACCAAAAAAAGACACAAAAUGACUAAAAAAAAGAAGACACACAAAUACAACAUGGCAUUAAAACAUGUUUUAAGUGGUGAAUACAGGCAGGAUGAAAAUGAUUCAGAAAUGGACAAAAUAGCCCAAAACUCCAUAGAGUUAAGCUGAUUUUCAAAUGGUUUGGUUUGUUAUAAACCUCAGAGUUGUGGUUAUGUUCCUGCAUACUCAAGAAUAACUUAUAUAAAAAUGUAUUAAAAUUAUUCUUGAGGGAACAUAACCGAAGGAACAUAACCAAAACUCUGAGGUUUAGAACAAACCAAACCGUUUGAAAAUCGGUUUAAAAUGAAUCAAUCUCUGGUUAUUUAAAUGCUUCGUGCACCUUAGACUGAUGUUAUGAGUGGGCGAGCUGCCUCGAGCCAUCUAGCCUUUCUCAUAGAUAUCUAUGGGAAAUACAGUUUGAUGCAGGUAAAUAAAUAUUAAAAACAGGGAAUCACAUUUUCAUUGAGUGUUUCUAGUUCAGGGGUCAGCAACCUUUACUAACAAAAGAGCCGCUGUUGGCAAAAAAAGAGAAAAAAUGUUGGAAUGGAGCCACAAACCUUAUCUUUUUAUGGUUUUGGACUUCUUCACCAUGACGUGUUGGUAUUAUUGUUUUCAGCACAACAUCAACUAUAUGACCUGAUUAUUAUUUUUUUCAAUUUCACUUACUGGAUCAACAUUUUGAACACAAAAAACACACAAAAAUAAUUACAAAAACACACAUAAAAAACACAAAAAUACACGUAAAACGGAUAAAAACACACAAAAAACACAUCAAAAACAUUUUUUUUAAAUUACAAAAAAUACACACAAAAACACAUAAAAACACAAAAAUACACAUGCAAAACAGAUAAAAACACACAAAGAAAUAACAAAAAACAGUUAACACAAAAAAAGCUGAAUGCACACUGCAAAAUUCGAAAAAUCGGUGCAAAAAAAGGAAAAUCAUGUUACUACACUUGUUACAAAACUAACUAAAAUUAUAGUGAAAAUGUCCUGAUAUUAAAUCUAUUUCAUCUAUCUGGUUUUGUAUUUUAAAAUCUGGCACCCAACAAAUACCCCAUUACAAAAAAACUAAAACUAAUAAAAACUAAACUAAAACUAAGCAUUUUCAAAAAAUAAAAACUAAUUAAAACUAGCAAACUCACUCUAAAAACUCAUUAAAACGAACUGAAUUUGAAAACAAAAAAAUCAUAACGAAAUUUAGACUAAAACUAAUAAAAACUAAACUAAAACUAAGCAUAAAAAAAAAUAAAAUAAAAAUUAAAACUAGCAAACUCACUCUAAAAAACGAAUUAAAACUAACUGAAUUUGAAAAAUCCAAAACUAUUAUAACCUUGGCCUCCACUAAUGAUAAAUGAACAUUAAAAUGUGAAGAAAUAACCUUUUAAUUUGGUAUAAUUGUUUAAUUUGCUGACCCCUGUUCUAGCUCCACCUUGGUUUUGUCUCUAUCUCCUAAUAAUAAUAAUAAUAAUAAUAAUAUCUCUCUCAUAAUGGAAACUAUAACAUCCAUAUAGUCUCACUCUAAGUUAUUUAAGCUUCUGUGGAGUUCCUGUUUCAUCCACCAGGGGGCGCCCUGAUGACAGAACCACAGAAGAAGAGUCUGUCGGGUCAGAAAUGAAUUAUUCAGCAUGUGUUUAGUGAUGUUCAUCCCUUUUAAUAACCUUUAUGUGAUGUUAUUUUAGUGACUACUGUUCUGGUUGACUUGGACCUUGUAACUCUAACAGCUAAUAAGUGUCCUCUGAAUGUAAUAAACCAUAAAAACACACAA